UCUCUCAACGGCCGUUCGCUCGUCAAAAGUGUCGAAAAAUGUGGAAAUAACUGCCAAAUUCUGGUGAAAAGUGUCGAUUCGUGGUGUUUAUUGUGUUUGCAGAUGGAAAAGCAUUAAAUUUUCCACGGAAAAGUGCGAAAAUCGUGGCUGCAAACCUGAUUUCGAGUGAAGAAGAAGAGCGCAUUUUUUCGUCGUCGUAAAACGCAUACAUACAGACACUCGCACACAUACGUGUGUGUGCCGAAAUAUAUAUGUGUGUGUGUAUGAAACGCGCGGGCGCGAGAGAGUGAGAGAGAGCGAGCGGUAGUUGUGUGCGUGUUUUUGUGCGUUUGUUUUGUGUCGAGAGCGAGAGAGCGGCGAAUGUGAAGCCAAAGCAGAAAACCAAGAAAUAAGUGAACGAAAAUAAAAACGAAAAUCGCAAUCUCCACCCCUGUAGUGAGUGUGUUUAUGUAGUUUAUUGUGUGUUUUGCGUUCAUUUCGCGUGGAAAAUGCCCGGAAAAUGCGACAUCCCGCACGCGGACUAUUAACGGUGAAGAACAACCCCCGGCAGCGCAUCUGAGCCCGGAAUCCGCUGGGAAUCUGGAAUCCUGGAUAUUUCGCCACACAAAAGAUUUUUCAAGACGCAGACUUAACUGCGCGCCAGUGUGUGUGUGAGGGAGGAGUGGAGAGUAGAGUGGCGAUGAUGAUGUAGCGAUAAUGAUGAUGGCGCGAUAAUGAUGCUAAUGAUAAUGAUCCAAGCAGCAACAACAACUAGAGCCGCUACAAAUGAGAAAAGUUGCCGCCGCGAAAGUACAGCAAUGUGGAAAACUGUGAAUUCGUCGACCAGAAACUCCCAGAAACGCAGAAAAACUAAACGCGCAAAAAGAAGAAUUUUCAUCAGGCCAUAAAACCAACAACAACCAUAGCUGAAAUAGCAAAAAGAACAAAGGAAAACUGUCGUAAAAAACGCAGAAGAGGCAGCAAGGAAAACCCACCACUUUACAGCAACAACAACAGAAACUUGGCGAUCUAGCAUCUCAAAGUCUCCACGAAAACCGAACGGGAAAUCAAUCGUUAUCGAAAAAUCGUUCCUGGUAAUUCGCGAUCGCAAUUCAAAAUCAAAAAUUGAAGAGGCAAACAGCAAAUGCAGAUGCAAAGGCUACAAGCGCUAAGUAAAUGCUACCAUGGGCCGCUCCAAGUUUCCCGGCAAGCCAUCCAAGUCGAUCAACCGUAAGCGGAUCAGUGUCCUGCAGCUGGAGGAUGAGGCCACUGCCACCGCAGGCGGCUCCAAUCCGAGUCCGCAUUCCGAUCCUCCACCGCCUUCGGAGCAGCCUCCUCCGCCGCCACCCCAGCAGACGGAGUCUCAAACGGGCGCCGAAUCCGCGCCAGCGCGUGAAAAGGGCGGCCACAACAAUUGUGAUAACGAUGAGGACGAUAAUCCGCCGGGUGCCGGGGCCUCAAUCUCGGGCAAUGCGACCGGAACCUCCUCAUCCUCCACCUCGGAAUCCACGAGCAAUGGCUCUAGUUCCAGCUCAGGAUCCGGCUCGGGAUCGGGUUCAACCAAUGGCAAUGGAGUAAAUGGCGGCACCCAUCACAAAAGUGCAGCCAACGGAGGAGAGCAGGAUCAAAAUGCAAAUGGUGAUAAAAGUAAGGGCAGCAGUUCGAGGAGAGUUUCCACGGGAAGUCUAGUGACGAUCGGCCCCACUGCUGGAGCAGGAACUGCAGCAGCUGCUAACGGAAAACCCUCGGCAAGCUCUGGGAAAUCCUCUGCUGGAUCUGCUGGGGGAAAAUCUACGGCAUCAACUGCUGGGAAGUCUUCAAGGACCACGAUAUUGUCUGGGACCUCUUCAGUAAGAUCGUCGGAAGUGCUAGCCACCCCUGUCUUGCCAUCUGCAUCCAAUUCUGGAGUACCGGGUGGAACAACACCCGAUGUAGCCGCUGCAGCAGCGCUGGGGUCAGGCUUUGGGAAAUCUCUAAGCUUAACCAUCAGUACAUCGUCCGGAAAGUCUAAUAAAGGAACUACUGGUGAGGGUAGCUCCGGAGCAGCGUCUCCCCGACCCGGACUAUCCCCCAGUGCAUCGUCUGCCUCAUCCGCAGGAUUACUCUCGCCUGGAGCCAUCUCCCCUGGCGGUUCCUUUGCAAUAAGCGCGGCUCUGCUGCGCGCCCGCAAGAAUGGCAACAAGAAGUUCAAGAAUUUGAACCUGGCCAGGGCCGAAGUAAUGCUGCCCUCCACCUCCAAGCUGAAGCAGCAGCAGUUGCAGCUCAACUGCCCAGUGGCGGGCAGCCCCUCCUCCUCAACCUCAACCUCCUCUGCGCCGGCAGCCACCACUUGUCCCUCUGCGGCAGGGGCGGGAGCGUGCGAGCCGGUCGAGGAUGCGGCCCCGAAGCGAGUCGCUAGCGAAAUGCCCAAUGAAGGGGCCCUGGAUGUCGCUCCAUCAAGCUCCGCGUCAUCUUCAAAUGGUGCAGGAUCCGGAGCAGCAGUCCCAAAUGCUGUUCCAGCACCAGGAGGUGCAGGGGCAGCUGCUGCGGGAAGUAGUAGCCCCAAUUCAGCAGCAGGAGCAGGAUCAGUAUCGGGAGCUGGAGGAGCUGCACCAGCAGCAGCAGGGUCCGCGACGGCAACCAAGCAAAAGAAGACGGUGACCUUCAGGAAUGUGCUGGAGACGAGCGACGACAAGUCCGUGGUAAAGCGAUUCUACAAUCCGGACAAUCGCAUACCUUUGGUCUCGAUCAUGAAGAAGGACUCGCUGAACCGGCCACUGACUUACUCCCGCGGCGGGGAGUGCAUCGUGCGGCCUUCAAUAUUGUCCAAGAUACUCAACAAGAAGAACUCCAACAUCGACAAGCUCAAUUCGCUCAAGUUUCGAUCCGUGCCAGCUACUAGUUCCUCCUCCUCCUCCUCUCAGGACUCAGGAUCGGGAUCGUCUCCCAAUGUAUUUGGCUUAUCCCGCGCUUUCGGGGCUCCCAUGGAGGAGGAUGACGACGAGCAGGGCGGCGUAACCUUUCGUCGAAACGAAUAUCAAAACAAGGAAAUGGACGAUGAAAUGAUGGACGAAGAUGACGAUGUGGAGGAUGCCGAAGAUGAGGAGGACGACAACGAUCAAGAGGAACUCGAUGAGGCAGCCUCCGAUAAGAGCGCGGAAACAGAGAAGAGUGAAGGAGGAGCUGAGGACAGCGAAGAGAAACAGCAGCAGCUGGUCAUGGACUCGCACUUUGUGCUGCCCAAGAGGAGCACCCGAUCCUCGCGCAUUAUCAAGCCCAACAAGAGGCUGCUGGAAGAGGGUGCCAUCAGCAAGAAGCCUCUGCCACCGCCGCCGGCCAAAAGCCUCUUUGGGGGAGCCUCCGCGGCGUCCUCCAACUCACCUGGAAUCCUGAAAAUCCCCAGCUUUGGAAGCCUUAAAUCAAAUACCAGUGCAGCCGCGAGCUCAAGCUCCAGCAUCUUUGUGCUGAGGCAGCCGCGCUUGCAGUUCCAGGGAGACAGCAAGCUGGGACCCAGUGCCAUUCCCACGACGCCAGCUGCAGGAGGAGGAGGAGGAGCCCUAACGGUAUCCACCUUCGGAGCGCUUGCCGGCCAAAGCAGCAGUCCCAGCUCCUGUGCCGUGUGCUCCACGACUGUCAAGGAGAUGACCCAGGCCCGUAAGUACGGUGUUGUGGCCUGCGACGUCUGCCGGAAGUUCAUCUCGAAGAUGACCAAGAAGUCCAUAUCGGCCACCUCGAGCAGUGCCAAUGCCAAUGCUGCUUCCUCCUCGUCGACGAGCCACCAGCCUCAGCAGCCGCAGCAGCUGCAAUGCAAGGGUAGCGAAGGCACCACCUGCAUCUUCCACUCGGGGAAGAGUCAGUUGAAGAAUUUCAAGAAGCUGUACAAGGAGAGGUGCCUGGCCUGCUGGCUGAAAAAAUGUCUCAACUCCUUUCAGCUGCCGGCGGCGCACAGGAGUCGUCUGGGUGCCAUUCUUCCAGCAGGAAUGCGGCCAGAGACCAAUCCCCGAGAGGAUAAGAUCUCCACGGAACUGCUGUCGCCCACGGGCAGCUUGAGAUUUGCCGCCUCCUCUACGUCCUCCGCCUCUGCUUCAACUUCGAACUCCGGCGUCAAGUGGAAAUCCAAUCCGGACUCAGCUUCGGCUCUGCCCACCAUCAAGGCCAAUCCUUUGGCGGAAAAUAAUGUGACAUUUGGCAGCACUCCCUUGCUGCGUCCCGCUAUCCUGGAGAAGCCGCUCUUCCUCAAGAUAAGCAAUGCGGCGGACCAGAAGUUAACAGGUGGUGAGGCCAUCAGUCCCAGUCUGGCGGGAAAAAAGGCUUCGAUCAAGCAGGAGAAGGCCAAGGAGAAGGAAAAGGAAAAGGAGCAGGAGCAGCUGCCGAGUGAGAAGCCUCUCAGCCCCGCGUUGGCAGUUGCCAAGAAAUCAACAGCAUCAGCUGAACCUGCUCCCACGGAAUCCCAAAAGGAGGAGACGCCGCAGACAGGAGCUGUUGCGCCUGCAUCAUCAUCAUCCGCGGGAACAUCUCAGUCAGCAGCAGCUGCUCAAGCUUCAGAAGUUACUCCAGGGGAAGCCAGUAAUGCCCCAGGCGAUGGCCUGAAGCGUCAGAGAAUUGACCUGAAGGGUCCUCGCGUUAAGCAUGUGUGUCGCAGUGCCUCCAUUGUGCUGGGCCAACCCUUGGCUACCUUUGGAGAAGAUCAAGAGGAGGUGGAUGAGCAGGAGCGUCAGGAGAUUGUUGGUCCAGAGCCAGCAAUAGCUGAUCCUGCUCCAGUGGCAGUUACAGAUGAGAACGACAACUGUGCCAGCUGUAAGACGCCGCCUGUUGAGGAGCCUAAGCCCAGUAAAUCCUCGCCAGCAGAGGCUAGAAAGGUAGCCGGAAAGGAGGCAGGAGCCAUGCCAGCUGGAAAGGUUACUACCAGAACAGUGAUGGCGGCCAGCAAAAAGCAGCGAAACGGAGACAUCAUUACCUCCUCCUCCGCCAGCUCCGUCGUCACUCAAGCCCAGAGUCAAACGCAAGGACGCAGGACGAAGGAAGCUAGGCAGCAGCAGCAGCAGCAACGCACCCUGAUAUCGAUCGACUUCUGGGAGAACUACGAUCCGGCCGAGGUGUGCCAAUCGGGCUUCGGAUUAAUUGUAACGGAGACAGUGGCUCAGCGAGCGCUGUGCUUCCUCUGCGGCUCAACGGGGCUGGAUCCGUUGAUCUUCUGCGCCUGCUGCUGCGAACCGUAUCAUCAGUAUUGUGUCCAGGAUGAGUACAACCUGAAGCACGGCUCCUUUGAGGAGACCACGCUAAUGGGCAGCCUGCUGGAGACGACGAUAAAUGCCUCCACUGGCGGAGUAGGUGGCGGAUCUUCAUCGCUCAAUCAGCUGACGCAGCGCUUGAACUGGCUAUGUCCACGCUGCACUGUCUGCUACACCUGCAAUAUGUCCUCCGGAUCGAAGGUCAAGUGCCAAAAGUGCCAGAAGAACUAUCACAGCACUUGCCUGGGCACCAGCAAGCGCCUCCUGGGUGCCGAUCGUCCGCUGAUCUGUGUUAAUUGCCUGAAGUGCAAGUCCUGUUCCACGACUAAGGUGUCCAAAUUUGUGGGCAACUUGCCCAUGUGCACGGGCUGCUUUAAGCUCCGCAAGAAGGGCAACUUCUGUCCCAUCUGCCAGAGAUGCUACGACGACAAUGACUUUGAUCUGAAGAUGAUGGAGUGCGGCGAUUGCGGCCAGUGGGUGCACUCUAAGUGCGAGGGCCUCAGCGACGAGCAGUACAACCUGCUGAGCACGCUCCCCGAGUCCAUAGAGUUUAUCUGCAAGAAGUGUGCUCGGAGGAACGAAAGCUCCAGGAUCAAGGCCGAGGAGUGGCGUCAGGCUGUGAUGGAGGAGUUCAAGGCGAGCCUGUACAGUGUGCUGAAGCUGCUCAGUAAGUCAAGGCAGGCCUGUGCCCUGCUCAAGCUAAGUCCCCGCAAGAAACUGCGCUGCACUUGUGGAGCUGCUAGCCAUGGCAAGCUCCAGCCUAAGGCCUUGCAAUUCAACAGCGGAUCGGACAAUGGCCUGGGCAGUGAUGGUGAGUCUCAGAACAGCGACGAUGUCUACGAAUUCAAGGAGCAACAGCAGCAGCUCCUUAAGAAGUCGCGGGCGAAAUCACUGCCCUGCUCCUGCCAGCCGCCCUCAGCCAUCGGUAGUAGUCACAGCAGUCACCCGCAAUCCUUUAGUCUGGUGGAGAUCAAGCAAAAGAUUGCCGGCAACUCGUACGUCUCCCUCGCCGAGUUCAACUAUGAUAUGAGCCAGGUGAUUCAGCAGAGCAACUGCGACGAACUGGACAUUGCCUACAAGGAGCUACUGAGCGAGCAGUUUCCCUGGUUUCAAAACGAAACCAAGGCCUGCACGGAUGCCUUGGAAGAGGAUAUGUUUGAGUCCUGCUCCUAUGAGGACUUGCCGGAUGGUGGAACAGGCAGUGCCUCCGUGUACAACGAACACUCGCAGCAGCAGACAGAGUCCCGAUCGGGAGUGCUCGAUAUACCCCUCGAGGAGGUGGACGAUCUGGGCGGUAGCUGCGGAAUCAAGAUGCGUCUGGACACCCGGAUGUGUCUGUUCUGUCGCAAAAGUGGCGAGGGUUUGUCCGGAGAGGAGGCGCGUCUCCUGUACUGCGGCCACGAUUGCUGGGUGCACACCAACUGUGCCAUGUGGUCGGCGGAGGUGUUUGAGGAGAUCGAUGGUUCGCUCCAGAAUGUGCACAGUGCAGUGGCCAGGGGCAGGAUGAUCAAGUGCACGGUGUGCGGCAAUCGCGGAGCCACCGUUGGCUGCAACGUACGAUCCUGUGGCGAGCACUAUCACUAUCCCUGUGCGAGGAGCAUAGAGUGUGCUUUUCUCACGGACAAGUCCAUGUACUGUCCAGCGCAUGCCAAGAACGGGAAUGCCCUGAAGGCCAACGGUUCUCCCAGUGUCACCUACGAAUCCAACUUUGAGGUGUCCCGUCCAGUCUACGUGGAGCUGGACAGGAAGCGGAAGAAGCUUAUUGAACCCGCAAGGGUGCAGUUCCACAUUGGAUCUCUGGAAGUUCGCCAACUGGGCGCCAUUGUGCCAAGAUUCUCCGAUUCCUACGAGGCUGUGGUGCCCAUCAAUUUCCUGUGCAGCCGCCUGUACUGGUCAUCGAAGGAACCCUGGAAGAUAGUGGAGUACACGGUCCGCACCACCAUCCAAAACAGUUGCUCCACCCUGACAGCCCUGGAUGUGGGUAGGAACUACACUGUGGAUCACACGAAUCCCAAUGGCAAGGAGGUUCAGCUGGGUUUGGCCCAGAUUGCACGCUGGCAUAGCAGCUUGGCAAGAAGCGACCUCCUGGAGAGCGACUGGAGCACUGGUGAUUUCCCCAACACAAAUUCCUGCGUGCCACCCGACGAGAAUACGGAGGAGGAGCCGCAACAGCAGGCCGAUCUGCUGCCGCCCGAGAUCAAGGAUGCCAUAUUUGAGGAUUUGCCGCACGAACUGCUGGACGGCAUCUCGAUGCUGGACAUCUUCAUGUACGAGGAUCUGGCGGACAAGACGGACCUGUUUGCCAUCAGCGACCAGUCCAAGGACGGCACUCAGGCGAUGUCCUCCAACCAGGCGCAAGGCCAGACGCAGGGUCAGGUGAGCAUCUGCGACGAGGAUACUAGGAACUCCAAUACGAGCCUGGGUAAUGGCGGCUGGCCGGCCAGCAAUCCCGUGGAAGAUGCCAUGCUCUCGGCGGCCAGGAACUCGAGUCAGGUGCAAAUGCUUAAGACACUGGCCUGGCCGAAGCUGGACGGGAACAGUGCCAUGGCAAAUGCCAUCAAAAGGCGGAAGCUCUCCAAGAACCUGGCCGAGGGAGUGCUGCUCACGCUGAGCAAUCAGCAGCGCACCAAGAAGGAGAUGGCGCAUGUGGCCGGUGUGUCACGGAGGCAGUCCAUCAGCGAGACAAUUUCCGUGGAGGGAGGAGCCACCACAUCCGGCGGUGGAUCGAUGCGCAGCAAGAGCUUCACCUGGAGUGCGGCCAAGCGGUAUUUUGAAAAGAGUGAGGGACGCGAGGAGCCCGCCAAGAUGCGGAUUAUGCAAAUGGAUGGCGUGGAUGAUUCCAUCACUGAGUUCCGUAUCAUUGCUGGCGAUGGGAACCUGUCCACGGCCCAGUUCACCGGGCAGGUAAAGUGCGAGCGAUGCCAAUGCACCUACCGCAACUAUGACUCCUUCCAGCGUCACUUGCCCACCUGCUGUGAUCCCGCCAUGUCUACCAGCGAGUCGGACUCGGAUGUGAAUGCAGCGGCAACCAGCAGCAAUAAUCCCGCCCAGCUUAGUGCCGAGAGCCUGAAUGAGCUGCAGAAGCAGCUCCUGGCCAAUGCCGGCGGUCUGAACUAUCUGCAGACCACCACAGCCUCGUUUCCGCAGGUUCAGAGCCUGGGUUCUUUAGGCCAGUUUGGUCUUCAGGGUCUGCAGCCUCUCCAGCUGCAGCCCCAGUCGCUGGGCAAUGGCUUCUUCAUCUCGCAGCCGAAUCCCACAGCGCAAACCAAUACGGAUGAGCUGCAAUUGUACGCCAAUUCCCUGCAAAGUCUGGCCAAUCUUGGAGGAGGAUUUACCCUGGCUCAGCCAACGGUUACGGCUGCCCCAGCGCCUCAGCCUCAGUUGAUAGCCGUGUCCACGAAUCCAGACGGCACCCAGCAGUUCAUACAGAUUCCCCAGGCGCAGAUGCAGGCCACAACGACGGCGGCGCCCACGGCCACAUAUCAGACGCUGCAGGCCACCAAUACGGACAAGAAGAUAAUGCUUCCUCUGACCACGGCGGCGGCGGGGAAACCCCUGAAGACAGUGGCCACCAAGGCGGCACAGCAGGCGGCGGCCGCCAAGCAGAAGCAGCUAAAGUCCGGCCACCAUCAGGUGAAGCCCAUCCAGGCCAAGCUGCAGCCGCACCCUCAGCAGCAGCAGCAGCAGCAGCAGCAGGUGCAUCAGCAGGUCCAGCAGCCCAUCACUGUGAUGGGCCAGAAUCUCCUCCAGCCACAGCUGCUCUUCCAGAGCAGUGCCCAGGCGCAGGCGCCGCAGCUUAUCCUGCCGCAGGCUCAGCCGCAGAACAUCAUCUCCUUUGUAACCACUGGCGAUGGCAGUCAAGGUCAGCCGCUGCAGUACAUCUCCAUACCCACGACGGGGGAGUACAAGCCGCAGCCACAGCCAACGCAGUUCCUGACCACAGCCCCUGCGGGCGGUGGGGCGACCUAUCUGCAAACGGAUGCGAGCGGGAACCUGAUGCUCACCACCACACCGACCAAUUCCGGACUGCAGAUGCUGACAGCGCAGCCCCAGGUGAUUGGAACCUUGAUCCAACCGCAGACGCUGCAGCUAAGCGGAGCCACCGAUGGAAGUCAGGCGGCCGGCACUCACCAUCAUCAUCAGCAGCAGGUUCAGCCUUUGAUUUUGGGCGGAACAGGCGGAGGAGCCACUGGCCUAGAGUUUGCCACAACUACCACGCCACAGGUGAUCCUGGCCACGCAACCCAUGUACUAUGGCCUCGAGACAAUCGUCCAGAACACGGUGAUGUCGUCGCAGCAGUUUGUGUCCACCGCCAUGCCCGGUGUGCUUAGCCAGAAUGCCAGUUUCUCGGCCACCACGACGCAGGUGUUCCAAGCGAGCAAAAUAGAGCCAAUUGUGGAUCAUCUGCCAGCUGGAUAUGUGGUGCUCAACAAUCCUGGAGAUGCCUCCAGUGCCGGGACUACCUUCUUGAAUGCAGCAAGUGUGCUCCAGCAGCAAUCUCAGGAUGAUACCACCACGCAGCAGCUGCUCCAAAAUGCCAACUUCCAGUUCCAGACUUCAGUGCCCAGUUCAUCGGCAGCUUCCUCUGCCUCGAUGGAUUACAGCUCACCUAUGGUCGUCACGGCCAAGAUUCCGCCGGUGACGACGCAACUGAAGCGGACGAAUGCCCAGGCCAAGGCGGCGGGCAUGUCCAAGGUGCCGCCACAGCCACAGGUGGUGGUCAACAAGGUGCUGCCCACCAGCAUGGCCCAAAUGAAAAGUGCCUCCGGCCUCAAGCAGGUGACUCAGCAGCAGCAGCAGAUGAAGGGCAUGAAGGCAACUGCGGGGGCAGCGGGAGGAACUGGAACCAAUUGCGGAGCACCGCCCAGCAUUGCCUCGAAGCCGCUGCAAAAGAAAACAAACAUGAUUCGACCCAUACACAAGCUGGAGGUGAAGCCCAAGCUGAUGAAGCCCACGCCCAAGACCCAGGCGAUGUUGCAGCAGCAGCAGCAACAGCAGCUGCAACAUCCUGCCGUGGUGAUCAGCAGUCAACAGGUGCCCAAGAUUGUUCAGCAGCAGCAGCGUAUUCCAACCCAACCACAGCAGCAGCAGCAGCAGCCAACGCAGGCCACAGCGCAGCUGCUCCACAUUCCGCAGCAGCCGCAACAAACACUGCAUCUCCAGCAACAGCAGCAGCAACAAGUGCAAGUCCAGCCCUCCAUGCCGAUCAUAAGCAUUGCCGAGGCAACGCCAGUGCCAGUCCUGCAGAAUCAGACGCAGUUCGUCAUAGAAGAGCAGCAGCAGCAGCAGCCUCAACAGGAUCUGCUGAGUCGCGUGCAGGUGCAGCACUUCCCCACCAGCAACACAGGAAGUAGUAGCAACUGCAACAGUGUCCUUCCCACCAAUGUGGUGAAUCCUCUGCAGCAACAGCCGCCACCAACCAGCAGCAGCAGCUCCACGACGCGGCCCACCAACCGAGUUCUGCCUAUGCAGCAGCGUCAGGAGCCAGCUCCUCUGGCCAACGACUGUCCCGUGGUUCCCUCACCCACACCGCCGCCCAAGCCUCUUGAGCAGCAGGUAAUCCCGCACCAGGUCACCACUCCCAGUGCUGCCUCCAAGUGUUACGCUCAACUGAAGGCAGCCUCGUCUCCCUCACCCGUUUACGAGACGGAACUAAAGUCUGUGCCGGGCCUGGAAAGCAUUGUGCCUGUAGUUGCCCACAUGGAUACUAUUCUGGAGGAGCAACCGGCCACCGAGUCCAUCUAUACGGAGGGACUGUACGAGAAGCACUCACCGGCCGACGCCAAGACAGAGCAGCUGCUUUUGCAGCAGCAGCAGCGGGAGCAGCUGACUCAGCAGCUGGCCAAUGGCUACAGUAUGCAUUUGGAGAAGCACAGCUUCCAGGCCAUGGAGGCCAUGGAAACGGAUGCCUACAACAACCACGGAGAAGAUGAUCUCGAUGAGGAGCUCGAUGAGGAAGAUGAGGAAGACGACGACGAGGAGGACGAAGAGGAGGAUGACUUUAGCUUGAAGAUGGCCACCUCGGCGUGCAACGAUCACGAGAUGUCCGACAGCGAAGAGCCGGCAGUGAAGGAUAAGAUUAGCAAGAUUCUCGACAACUUGACCAACGAUGACUGUGCGGACUCCAUAACCACGGCCACCACAAUGGAAGUGGUGGAGGCCAGCACAGCGGGCUAUCAGCAGAUGGUGGAGGAUGUCCUGGCCACCACAGCUGCCCCAGAGUUCGACGAGGGUGGGCCCUUGGAAACGGCUGCCGUGGAAGCGGCUGCCAGCUACAUCAACGAAAUGGCCGAUGCCCAAGUUCUGGAGCUCAAGCAACUGCAGAAUGGUGUGGAGCUGGAGCUCAAGCUCAGGCGGAAGCAGGAAAUGGAGCCUGAAAAGGGAGCGAGUAUGGUGCCGCCACCCACGUUAGCUGCUCCCGAAGUGCCGCCGCCACCGCCACCUGUUCGAGAGCCCAGGAAGAUCAGUGGCCCCCAUCUUCUGUACGAGAUCCAAAGUGAAGAUGGCUUCACCUACAAGUCCAGUUCCAUAGCGGAGAUCUGGGAGAAGGUGUUUGAGGCGGUGCAGGUGGCCAGGCGAGCCCAUGGCCUCACUCCACUGCCGGAGGGUCCUCUGGCGGAUAUGGGCGGCAUUCAAAUGAUUGGCCUGAAGACCAACGCCCUCAAGUAUCUGAUUGAACAGCUGCCGGGCGUGGAGAAGUGCUCCAAGUAUACGCCCAAGUAUCACAAGCGGAAUGGUAACGUUUCCAUAGCGGCCAGCAUUGGUGGAGGCAGCACUGGUGGAGGCGGAGGCGGUGUCAGUGCCAGGACAGCUUCGGCUGGUGCUGCUGCUGGCGGCGGCGAUUCCCACCACAGCCUGCUCGACUAUGGCUCGGACCAGGAACUGGAGCUGCAGGAGAAUGCCUUCGAGUGUGCUCGCUGUGAGCCUUAUGCCAAUCGCAGCGAGUACGACAUGUUCAGCUGGCUGGCUUCCCGGCAUCGCAAGCAGCCCAUCCAGGUGUUUGUCCAGCCGUCGGACAAUGAACUGGUGCCUAGGCGAGGAACUGGCAGCAAUCUACCCAUGGCCAUGAAGUACAGGACUCUGAAGGAGACCUACAAGGAUUAUGUUGGCGUCUUUCGCUCGCACAUCCAUGGACGUGGUCUCUACUGCACCAAGGAUAUUGAAGCUGGUGAAAUGGUCAUUGAAUAUGCCGGCGAACUCAUUCGGUCCACGCUAACGGACAAGAGGGAACGCUACUAUGAUGGCCGCGGCAUUGGCUGCUACAUGUUCAAGAUCGAUGACAAUCUGGUGGUGGAUGCCACCAUGCGCGGCAAUGCGGCCCGCUUUAUCAAUCACUCCUGUGAGCCAAAUUGCUACUCCAAGGUGGUGGACAUACUCGGACACAAGCACAUCAUCAUAUUUGCCCUGCGCCGCAUUGUCCAGGGCGAGGAGCUUACCUACGACUACAAAUUCCCCUUCGAGGAGGAGAAAAUACCCUGCUCAUGCGGCUCCAAAAGGUGUCGCAAGUACUUAAAUUAGAAAAUGGUAUAAGACGAAAAGGAACGCUGGGCGUCCAGUAAGAAAUCUGCAUACUCAGAGCGAGAAUCUAGGGGUUGUUGUUCCAAAAAAGAGAGUAAUCUUAUGGGCAAUGUAUCGGAAUCAAAAGAAAAGUUUAUAUUGUUAUAUACUGCAUUGAUUUAAGACACCAAAUUUGAACCAUACAUGGAGAUUUUAAUGUUGCAAUAAAUUAAUAUUUUAAGGAUUUUUUAGAAUAUUAAUUAUAAUGAAUAAAUUAAUUUAAU